ACUAGACCAAACACCCAUUCGAUUUUUCGUCUUCUGAUCUAUCUUAUUUCUACUCGAACAAAAACUCUCCUCUUUCUGCAAUUCCUUAUUGAAAAUUGAUUCAUCUCCUGUAUUGUACACAAAAUCGGACUUAGGGUUUACAAGCUCAUCUUCCAAUUCCAAAAUCGUCAAUUGAAGUCUUUGUAUAAUUUGAUAUUCAUUCUUUCUGCUCAGGUCUUGUUAAUUCUCUGUCGAUUCCACAACUUGUUCUGAACUUAGCGAGUCCAACAACAGGUCCAAUUUCCAGAGCAAUGGAUCAAUCCAGCAAUCAGGUUGUUGGAGUUGAUAAUACUUUUCGAAAAAAGUUCGACAGAGAAGAGUAUUUGCAGCGUGCUCGUGAACGUGAAGAGCAGGAGGUGGAGGGUCGGAAAUCCAAGUCAAAAGGACCUCCAGUGCAGAGGAAGCCCUUGAAACCAAGAGAUUAUCAAGUGGACCUCGAAUCUCGUUUGGGAAAGACUCAGGUGGUUACUCCGAUUGCACCAUUAAGUCAGCAGGCUGGAUACUAUUGCCGAGUAUGUGAAUGUGUAGUGAAGGAUUCUGCGAACUACUUAGAUCAUAUCAAUGGGAAGAAGCAUCAACGAGCUUUGGGAAUGUCCAUGAGGGUAGAAAGGUCCUCCCUGGAACAGGUCCAACAACGAUUUGAAUCGCUUAAGAAGCGUAAAGAUCCAGGAAGCUUUACUGUGCAAGAUUUUGAUGAGCGAAUGUUGAAACAGCAGCAGGAAGAGGAAGAAAGGAAACGUCUGCGCCGAGAAAAGAAGAAAGAAAAGAAGAAAGAGAAGGUUUUAGAGGAGGAACCUGAAAUGGACCCUGAUGUUGCAGCUAUGAUGGGAUUUGGAGGUUUCGGAACUUCAAAAAAGUGAUUGCCGUUGGCCAUCAAUCUCUCGCAAGAAUAGCUUAGUCUGGAGUAAUCUGCCAGAGGCUGGCAUUUUAUUUUGAAAUGGUCUAAGACGUGAGAUAGAGAAUCCCAUUAUAGGUAGUUGCCAGGCAGAGUUUUGUCAAUAUCAUGUUUGUUAAGCUAGCCUCCAGAAUUUUCUCGACUAGUGAUUGUUCCCAUGGUUGGGACUUCAGAGUAUAAAUGUCAUCUCUAAUUGUUCA